AUGCCGUCUUCCAAGAAAAAUAGGAUUCAGACAGAGAAAUCAGAGGCUGAGAAAAGACUACAGUUGGCUGUUAUCGAAUGUAGGGGUCAAGAUGACCCGAAUGUUGCCGCGAUUGCACGGAAGUAUGGAAGACACCCCGCAACAUUAAGAUGCCGUUUGAAUGGACGCAAACCACGCAAACAAGCUCAUGAGCACCAACAAUUACUAUCAGGAAAGCUGGAGAUUCUCUUUGUUAGGCAGCUACAGGCAGCAGAUGCCGCGCAUGAGGGUUUAACAGCUAAUGAGAUACGAGACUUUGCGCAAGAUAUUUUGGAUGCAUUAGGUGAAAAUAAACAAGUGGGUGCAAACUGGCCCUACAGAAUGAUAGAAAGAAUUCCGUGGAUAAAAAUGCUAUCAGCCAAACCGACGGACCAGAAUCGAACCUACGGGGUCUCUUUAUCCGCGAUUGAGGCGUUUUUUCAGCGCUAUGAGGAUGCUGUAAACUGGUACAAUGUUGAUCCAUCAAAUAUAUGGAACAUGGAUGAAACGGGAAUUUUCAUACACCAAUUUGGGAAAAGAAGAGUUGCCGGUGAUAGUCUGAAGAAGAGUACAAAUGUUAAGAGUGGAAAUAGCAAGGAAAUUACCACUGUUGUGGAGGCAAUCUCGGCUGCUGGUGAAAAGAUAAAUUCACCCCUUGGAAUCUUCAAGAGUAAGACGCUUAUGACCAACCAAACUUCGGAAGAUGAGACAUUGCCAUGGGCCUAUGCCGUUAGUUACAAGGGCUGGAUAACUGGAGACCAUUUUCAGCAGUGGGUGCGGAAGAUAUUUAUCCCACAAACGAAACCAGAAAAUUCUGAACACUACCGAAUUUUAAUCAUGGAUAACCAUGCAACCCAUUAUAACGAGGAGCUCAAACUGCUCCUACUUAAAGCUAGAGUGAUUCCAAUUUAUCUACCGGCCCAUUGUCUGCAUUUAAUGCAACCAUUGGAUGUUGCUGUCUUCAAACCAGUAAAGCAAUAUUAUAGGGAACUCCUUGCCCGUUAUUUUCGCUUACAACAAAGGCACGUCGUGGAAAAGAGUAAGUUCAUCGAAUUCUGGAAUGGCUCCAGAAAUCAAGGCAUGACAGAGAAGAACAUCUCAAGUGGAUUUGAGAAGUCUGGGUUGUGGCCAAUAAACAAGCAAAUGGUGUUGGAAAAUCCGGAGUUAACGAAGCAGAACUUGGACUUUUCUGAUGGAUACGCACCAUCAGGUGAUUCCCUGGAUGCGAAUUUAUGUAUAAACGGUGUCUCUGGUGUUGUCGACCCGAAGGAAAAUUUGAAUUCAAUUGAAAGAUAUAAAAGAGCUAUUCAACGUGAAAAUAUGCACGAUUCAAUGAUCAAUAAACAACUAGUAACUCAACUUCGAAAGGAAAAUGCACUUCUCAGAAGUCGUUUAGAGCAAGCAGAAAACCCUCGGAAGCCUGAGCGCAAGCGGAAAGUCCAAUCCAUGGAGAAUGGUGAGGUUGCUUUGUCUUCAGAGGUUAUUCCGAAAGUUAAAAAAUUGAAGCAAGAUAUCAAGAAUGAAGGCGCAAAGGAACGGGGAAGAAGGCCACUAGCAGAUAUAACUAACACUGCUUAA